AUGCGCGCGCACAGGAGACGAACGACUUGCGAAAAGUUCACCUUGCUUAGCUUUAUGGAGUACCAGUAGUCAGUUUGCUUUCUUUUCUGCAUAUUAUUAUAUAUGCAACGACGCGACGGUCAGAUCGAUUUAUAGCAGAGCAGUAGUUACGUUGAUCGAUCAGUUUGAGAGUUUGCUAGCGCUAGAUAGAGCUAUAGUAUAGGGCUCGAAGAUGACGACGAGCUCAUGGAGCGGCCUGCUUGUGAUAUCCUGUAUGUUAUUGAUGAGCUGGGCGGCGGCGGCGGUGGACAUGUCGCCGGUGCGGUUCGACGCCGCCUACAUGCCGCUCUUCGGAGGGGACAACCUCGUUCCCUCGCCUCACGCCCGCACCGUCCUCCUCAAACUCGACCGCUUCACCGGUUCUGGAUUCGUGUCCAAGUCGGCGUACCACCAUGGAUUCUUCAGUGCUUCCAUCAAGCUUCCUCAUGACUACACCGCCGGCGUCGUCGUCGCCUUCUACCUGUCCAAUGGCGACGUGUUCCCGGGGCAGCACGACGAGCUGGACUUCGAGCUGUUGGGCAACCGGCGAGGCCACGCAUGGCACGUCCAGACCAACAUGUACGGCAACGGCAGCACCGGGCGCGGCCGCGAGGAGCGCUACCUCCUCCCCUUCGACCCCACCGCCGCCCCGCACUCGUACGCCAUCGCCUGGACCCCCGCCGCCGUCAUCUUCUACAUCGACGCCAUCCCCAUCCGCGAGCUCGUUCGCUGCUCCUCCGGCGACUACCCCGCCAAGCCCAUGUCCGUCUACGCCACCAUCUGGGACGGCUCCGCCUGGGCCACCGACGGCGGCAGGCACAAGGUCGACUACGCCUACGCGCCCUUCACCGCCGUCUUCUCCGACCUCGUCGUCACCGGUGGUACUGACGACGACCACUGCGCCGCCAUGGGCCUGAUGACGUCGGAGGUGGCCGUGAUGACGCCGGCGAAGCGCGGCUCCAUGCGGCGGUUCCGGUCGCGGCACCUGACGUACAGCGCGUGCUACGACACGGUGCGCUACAACGGCACCGGCGUCGUCUUCCCGGAGUGCGACGAGUCGGAGCAAGACAACUUCCACGCAUGGGGCGAGUCCAAGCGUGUCAUCAACAGCAGAUCCAGUUCCAGCGCCACAUACGCCACUGGUUCAGGCGUGCGCAUCGACUAAUUUAUUUACUAGUACUGUGUAAUCUCAAUCAUGCAUUAUUCCACCAGUUGAUCCUGCUUCUAGAUGAUCGAUGAUGAGUUUGUACGUACGUGCACACUGACACAUUUUCCAGUUCAUAUAUAUACUCGUAUUUCCUUCGGUCGUUCGAUUCGAUUCGAUUCAA